UCACAUAUGCACUCCUCCUCUCGAACACCUCUCUCUCUCUCUCUCUCUCUCUCUCUUCAUUGCUGUAAUAAGCUUCGAAUCUCUCCAUCUCAUUCUCUCUCUCUCCCUCUGUCAUUUUCCUUAAUGGCGAUGUGUCUGGCCGCUCCUUAUGAUCUCCACUUCAACCCCACCAGCUCCUCCUUCUCCUCCUCCUCCAUCGUUUCGUUCCUCUGCUUCGUUAAAGUUUGAAGCUUUUUUUGUGCCUCGUGCAUCUUUGUGAUGAGACAAUAGGCGAGAACCUCCGCAAUGGCUGAUCCAAGUGCAGGUUUUUCCUCGUUUGCUGUUCAUUUCCGAACUGGGUUUUUGGUUCUUGCUGUGAUCGCUGCUCUACGCGGGGCGCGGGGGGCUACUGAUUCUAAUGAUGUUCAAGCUCUUCAGACCUUGUACACUUCAUUGAAUAGUUCUUCCCAGUUAACCAACUGGAAAAGCAGUGGCGGCGAUCCCUGCGCAGAGUCAUGGAAAGGGGUAACUUGUCAGGGCUCUGCUGUAGUCUCCAUUGAGUUGUCUGGCUUGGGACUCGGUGGGACAAUGGGAUACUUACUCGCAAACCUUAUGUCAUUGAAGAAAUUCGAUUUGAGUAACAACAACAUUCAUGAUGGAAUCCCUUAUCAACUACCACCAAAUCUCACAAGCUUAAAUCUUGCUGGCAAUAACUUUAGUGGGAAUCUUCCUUAUUCCAUCAGCAGCAUGAUUAAUCUUAAUUAUAUGAACUUUAGCCGCAAUUCUCUAUCCCUAUCGAUCGGGGACAUUUUUGCCAAUCUUGCCAACCUCACUACAGCGGAUCUCUCUUAUAACAACUUCUCUGGGGAUCUUCCUACUUCCUUCAGCUCAUUGACAAAUCUUUCUUCGCUUUACAUGCAAAAUAAUCAAUUGACCGGCUCGCUUAAUGUUCUUGUGGGAUUACCAUUGACUACCCUAAAUGUCGCCAACAAUCAUUUUAGUGGAUGGAUACCUCAAGAGCUUAGUUCACUACAGACAUUUAUAUAUGAUGGAAACUCUUUUGCCAACGGUCCUGCACCUCCUCCACCCCCCUUUACUGCACCUCCCCCUGCAAGGUCACGAAACAAUCGAACUCGUUCUGGAUCAGGCACAAGCACACCAGAUGCGUCUGUUGGCCAGACAUCAGGUUCAAGUAAAGGACUAUCAACUGCAGCUAUUGUUGGCAUUAUUGCGGGAUCUGUUCUGUUGCUCUUGGUUCUCCUACUUGCUAUUUAUUGCUGCUGUCGGAAAUGCAACAAGAAAGGGAGUGGUGCAAGAGCAUCCACCAGGGGAAGUCAAUCUGUCAAGAGUAAUGUAAAUCCUGAGAUGCAAGAGCAGAGGGUUAUAACCACUGCUGCUGUUAUAGACCUGAAACCUCCUCCUGCGGAUGUAUUGGUGGCUGAAAGGGUUCCCUCGAAGAAUGGUUCCAUAAGGAGAAUUAAGUCACCUAUAACUGCUACAUCGUAUACUGUUGCUACCCUCCAAACUGCAACAAAUAGCUUUGGUCAAGAAAAUCUCAUAGGUGAAGGUUCCCUUGGUCGGGUUUACAGGGCAGACUUUCCCAAUGGGAAGAUAAUGGCUGUGAAGAAGAUCGACAACGCAGCACUGUCAUUACAGGAAGAAGAUGACUUUCUUGAAGCUGUCUCCAAUAUGUCACGCUUAAGGCAUCCGAACAUUGUUACAUUGGCUGGAUACUGUGUUGAGCAUGGGCAACGUCUUCUGGUUUAUGAAUAUGUAGGGAAUGGGAAUUUGCAUGAUCUGCUGCAUUUUGCUGAAGAUAGGAGCAAAACACUGAACUGGAAUGCACGUGUUCGAGUAGCAUUGGGGACUGCUCGGGCCCUUGAGUACUUGCAUGAAGUGUGCUUGCCCUCAAUUGUCCAUAGAAACUUCAAAUCAGCUAAUAUUUUGCUCGAUGAAGAGCUUAAUCCCCAUUUGUCAGAUUGUGGUUUAGCUGCUUUGACACCAAACACUGAGAGACAGGUCUCUGCUCAGAUGGUUGGUCAAUUUGGUUACAGCGCUCCUGAAUUUGCUUUGUCUGGAGUAUACACUGUUAAAAGUGAUGUAUACAGUUUUGGAGUUGUAAUGUUGGAGCUCUUGACUGGUCGGAAGCCACUCGAUAGUUCAAGGGUCAGAUCAGAACAAUCACUUGUUAGAUGGGCUACCCCUCAGUUGCAUGAUAUAGAUGCCUUGGCCAAAAUGGUUGACCCUGCUUUAAAUGGCAUGUAUCCUGCAAAGUCCCUUUCACGUUUUGCCGACAUUAUUGCACUCUGUGUUCAGCCUGAGCCUGAGUUUCGCCCUCCGAUGUCUGAAGUCGUGCAACAAUUGGUUCGGUUGGUGCAAAGGGCAGGCGUUUCCAAGAGGCGUUCCAGCGAUGAAAUGGGUUUUGCGUACAGGACACCAGAUCACGAGGCAAUCGACAUGUCAUUUUAAGCUGUCUCGGCCACCCCCGAAGUUUCAUCCGAUGCUUGCCGUUUUGUAUAGAAUUUGCAACAGUCAGUUGAUGACUAAGAUCCACAGAUAAAACACGAGACCUUCCCGGAGAGAUGGUGUAAUUAUGAAGCUUGUAUUAUCACUUCACAUUUAGGACCGUACAAAGCUGAAAGUUCGACCUAGUAUUCCCACUUUGCUUAGCCCGAGUAUUGCUUCGAUGUACAUCUUCAUGCCUGGUUUAGGCCUUAGUUGCUUAAUCUCCAGGCAAAAAAUAAGCUUUGUUCGAUUCAAGUAAAUCAAAGAGACAAGGAUUUGCCACAGAAAAUUCUCCAUUAUUUUUACUCA